UGCAUCAGCUGCUCUAUGCGUCAAGGUCACUUUCAGUUGGCCAAUCAGAUCUCGGGUCCUUUCAUACCUUUGUUAUUAAACCCGGUUCACAACCAUCCUUGGUCUGCCCGGCACAAUGAUGGUAACAAGCUCAAGAAACACUGUGGGGAUCUUUGGAGCGCCAACCAAUAAUGUACCUAAGGCAGUGCUUCCAUCUGUAAAGUCCCCCAAAAAAGGUCGCCGUCUGAAAAAACGUCUGGAAGUUUCCGAGACAAAUUCGGAGUCACAUCAAGAAAUCACUUCUUCUAGUCAUUGUAGAACUUUCGAAAAUAACCUUAUUCCUGGCCGAAGUCUUUCACCACAAACCUCCAGUCUUUGCACACCAACUCACUUUUCAAGCACUCGCUGCCAAGCAUUUUACUACGCUAUUCAGGAAAAAUUAUUCUCUUCUUUGUCUCAAGAAAAAUUACUUUACAUUGGUAAUGAGCAUUUGCUAGCUGUGAACUCAGAUUUGGAUGAUAAAGUUGACGCAGCAUUGAGAGCAGAAACUUUGUUCAAAUUGUGGUCCUUACAUAGCGCCUAUUAUUCGCUUUCCUCCAUCAUAUUCUGCAAGGCAGUGUGUUUAAUGGAUUUACUGGUUGCUAGAGUCAAAGUUAAACCAAAGUACGCAAUGUGCGUGGCCGCUGCAUGCUACUACAUCACUUCCAAGUUCGAGAGAUCAUCCGAACACGUUUCACCCACACCUGAAAGCCUUGUAACGCUAUCACGAUGUGGCGGCACAGCUGCUGAUCUGACACGAAUGGUGGAAAUUAUCCUUACAAAGUUGGGGCCUUCCAGCGUUGCUGCUAUCGGUGCAUGCUCGGCUACAGCCAUUGAUUUUCUGUCCAUUUUCUCCUCGUUCAGCAUCCCGUUUGCGUCUUAUCAGAAUGAAUCUAGAAAUCAAAACUCUUGGUUGCCUGUCCCUAUUUCUAUUUGUCGUCAGAUCGAAAUAGCUCUAGUCUCCUCAGAGGUAUCGUGCUUUCGUCCUUCGUGCCUAGCACUGGCCUUGCUCAAUCAUCUUUGUUUUAAUUCAGCUGUGGGGUCACUGGGUUCAGCUGACGAUUGGCUGCAGUUCCAUACGUCUGACCUCUAUAAUUUGUCACUUAUAUGUAACAUUUCUUGGACUGAUGUUGUUGCAUGUUCUUCCACAUUGAAGGAAGCACUUACCAAAACAUCGGGAUCCUACACAGUUCAGGAUUACCCUUCAUCCCGUCUAUUAGGCAGCUCCCCACCACUUGUGUGGACGUUAUCAAGGCGCACACAACGCAGCAUUUCUACAUCUUCUCCUCCAGCUCUUUCAACUAUCACAGAGGUAGAUGAGGAGCGGGUUCUUUUAAAUGAUAUUUUUUCGAACAUGGAUUUGGGUUUAUAGUAAGUCCAUUCAUAAUUUUUUCUUCUAUGGAAAUUAACUGAACUAACCUUUCUGGUUGUAGACUAACUUAUUUAAAGAAUCCAUUCUCCUUAAAAGCUUCGCUUCAUUGUUUUUCGUUUGCCCACCAUAUGCUGGAAAUGAUUCCUUUACACAGAACUUCAUAAAUUUCAAAAGUCUGAUCACUAUAUAGAAACUAAGUCCCACAACUCUGAUGGCUUAUAAUAUCCCUCCAUACCUAGUCAAAUAAUGUAUUGUUUAGUAUUUUGUGGUGAAGAAGGGUGUUUUACGAACAAUUUUAACACAUCUCAUUUGUUGCUUUUAUUUUAUUUAUUUAUUUCAACACAUAAAGAGUGGUACAAGAGGCCACCAAAUGUAUAUGCGCCACACCGUAUUGUUGCUAAUUAUUCAGUAGGUUAAAAAGUAUACAAUUUAAGAGCAAAUCGAUCAAUCAACGCUACAAUAUCCCGAGAUUCUUAAUUGAAAUACUGUUCAGGGAUGUAACUAAAUAUGCUAAUUUUCAAACCAUAUAUUUUGCUCAAUGACUACGGUCUCACUAGAUCGUUUGAAUAAAAUCUCUAGCAUCUCGGGGUUCUCGUAAUUCCAGGCAAAACAGUUAAUUAUAUGAAUGUGUAGAUCACAAAAACACUUCUGUUUGAAGGUUUUGCUAGUUUGAAAACUCAAUACAUCAUACAACCGUCGUUUCUCAAUCCUUUCUACUAUUUAGUAAAGCGCUUAAAAUCUAAACUAGGUCUCUUGCAAAUCCAUAAAAAAUUCGUUCGUAAUGUGCAUACGUUUUGGAACUCCCUGGUUCCAAAAUUAAAUUUAAUGCGUAAGUUAACGAUCUCUAAACAGUCGUAUCACCUUCAGUUUUUUCUUUGCCUGUUACAACUUACCAUUACAAUACAACUCUUUCAGAUGUUAUCGUUUAUGUAAAGUAGUUUAUUCGGGUAAAGUUUCUUAUGAUGUUGUUUGAUACCAAUUAUUUGGUUUAUUGACAAUAAGAUACUUUGACAUUUUCAUGUUGUUGUUGUUUUUCUCAAUAUUGCUGUCCAUCCAUUAAAUAAUGUCUGGUAUCGUAAUUAUCCAACCUGUUCUUUCGUGUCUGACGGAAAUAUUAUCUCGUCUUUUUUUGUAAAAUACAUCUCACCAACUUUAUAUGAGCUAUUGAAUUCUUGAAAACUAAUUAGAUCUAUCAUACCAUUGUUUAAGUAAGAUAAUGUUACCAAGCAUCCAGUUCUAAGUGGUCAGCGCUUGUGACAAAUCUAAAGCAGCAAGUUCCAAUAAGAAACAAAUACAAAUGUUCACAAGUUUAAAAUCUAUAAAUUACUUUCCAGUUAGUCAGUGGAUGAUGUAAAUCAGUUUGUAGUCUUGAUAUAAUAAAUUGUCUUAAUUAGUCAUUCAAUGAUAAUCAGACAGCUAGGUGUAAAUUGUCAUCUAGCAUUUGACAUUAGUGUUUCUAAGACCCAAGAGAUAUUGGAAAAAGUACAGUUUUAUACUUAAGAUGAUAUAUCUCAAAGACUAUUUUAAUGACAGAUUCUUCUAGUUCAUAUACCCUACACUAUAAAGCAAAAGUUGAUUACACUUGAAUGUGUCUAUGAAAUAAGUGAUGUGCAUUUUUUCCCCUGUUAAAUCCAAAUAAAACUAAUCUAUCUAUUUGGACAGAUAAAUUACAUUUUUUUGUGUCUGACUAAUUCAUUUUGCUUGGUAUUAAUUGUUUCAUUCUAAUUUGCUUUUUAACAUUUCCUUUCAGAAACUUUGACGAGGCAUAUUCAAAUUUUCACGUUGUAUCAUCAUUUUAUUCAAAUAUCCUCCCAUCCUAUUAUUUUUCAGCUUUUAUAAUCCUAAUAUAAAUUUUGAUCAUUAAACCAAUCUGUGAUUGGGAAAUUCAAGGGGAAAAAAUCUUUUUAAACUUACUGUGAGAAAAAAAAGAAAAGAUAGAAAUUUCCAUUCCUGUUGUUAUUUGUUAUUGUUGUCUCUGAACUAUUACCCUCUCCUCAAAUUUUAAUCAGUUGUGUACAAAUUUCAAAAUUAUUUGUUUUUUAGAGAAAAAAAAUUAACAAUCAGUUUACUUUAUUAGUUAUUAUCAGCAGCAAAACUACAGCUCAAUGUAUACCAGUACUACUAUCAGCAUAUCUUCAAUUUACUUAAUUGUUGUUGUUUUUUUAUUAUUUCUGUUCACAUUGUCAAAUUACAUAAAAUCAAACAACUGUACUUGACUAAGGC